AGGAAAUCCUGUCAAAAGUCUCAUAAAACUAUUAUUUGAGUAUUAAUUCAAUUGAAUUAAUCCAAUGAACAUAAUGUUCAUAAUCUCGUGGACAUAAUAUUACAAGAAGUGGAUCCAUACGGUUGUGGCAAAUGUCUGCGAAAAAGGCAUUACUUGCGUUGUUUGGGUUCAAGACUAAGACAUCGAGGAAUGACACGAAUGACACUCCAGAGGAAUACACGAAGGACUCGUUCGACAGAUUCGGUGAUGACUUGUGUGGACUCGUGUUGUCUUAUUUGUCACUGAAAGACAGCCACAACUUUGAAUACCUGUCCAAACAGUGGAUGAGAUGUUUGUCUUAUCUGUCACUGAAAGACAGCCACAACUUUGAAUACCUGUCCAAACAGUGGAUGAGAUGUGUAUUCACGCGAAGACAUACCCUCUCUGUCGGUGACAUAAGGCUAAAGAUGUGGCAAAUCAGAGAUAAUAAUAAUAUUUCCGACAAUAAUCUGAAAGCAUUGGAAUCAGUGGUCAAGAAGUGUGCAAACAUUACAUCCAUUGAUAUUCACAUCCACUCCGAAGCGAAUGAAAGAGUGUUUGAAAUACUCGUCAAUUCCUACAAGAAUUUGAAGCGAAUUGAUAACUGUUUAAUGGAUGAGACAUUCUUUGACUCCAUUCACACAUACUUACCGCACCUACAGGUGUUGAAUGUCAAGAAUUUACUGGAAAUGAGUGCCAGUAUUGAGAAAUCGGCAUUAAUGGCUUUAUUUGGGUUUAAGACAAACAUAUCUACGAAUGCCAUGAAUUCUAUUGAAGAGGAAUAUACGAAGAAUUCUUUGAACAGAUUUAGUGACGAUUUAUGCAAAGAGUUAUUGUCUAAUAAGUCACUCAAAGAAUAUCCGAAGAACUCAUUCGACAGAUUCGGUGAUGGCUUAUGCGAAGAGAUAUUGUCUUAUCUAUCACUCAAAGACUGUUUCAGAUUUGAAUGUCUGUCCAAACAGUGGAAGCGAUUGGCAUUACUUGCGUUGUUUGGGUUUAAGACUAAGACAUCGAGGAAUGACACGAAUGGCACUCAAGAGGAAUAUCCGAAGGACUCGUUCGACAGAUUUGGUGAUGACUUGUGUGGACUCGUAUUGUCUUAUCUGUCACUCGAAGACUGUUUCCGAUUUGAAUGUCUGUCCAAACAGUGGAUGAGAUGUGUAUUCACGCGAAGACAUACCUUCUCUAUGAGUGAUAUACCGCUGAAAACACUGCGAUUAAGAGAUGUUAUUAAGAUUUCCGACAAUAAUUGGAAACUAUUUGAAUCAAUGUUGACUAUCACUGCCAAGAGUUUGUCACUCAAUGGCCACAACUCAAGAGAUAUCAGUUUCGUGUUUGGUGUGCAACUGGUCUACAAGUGA